CUCGUCGAAGGGCUGAUGGCAUCUGCCUCGGUACCUGUGAGUGCUGAGCUGCUGCGGCCAGGUUGUGGGGGCCUCCUGCCCCCCUGCUCACUCACUGACGAAGAUCUAGCUGCCUAUCCCGGUUUGGCUAAUCUCCUUACGAGCCUGACUAAACAUAUGGACUCCAGCGGGGUCAGCACCAACUUGGCACAACAGCUAGAGGAGGCAAAGAAAGAAUUACAUUUGUCCCGAACAAGCUGGCUGAAGUGGGAGGCACUACAUCGAGUUCUUCAGGAGGCACUGAGGGACUUCGGAUCUGGGCUUGCUGCUCAGGAGAAAAAAUUUUUAGAAGUCCUGGAGCAGCAGCUUUUGGUAGGUGAGCUGAGACGAAUUCUUGACGUCGGCCCUUCUGCGCAAGGCACGCAGCCGUCACUCCUAGGUUUGGUGCCAUCUGACCUCUCGGAGCUUCUUCCCCCUAAUCAAGAGCUGGAGGAAAUGCAGAAGCGCCUCCCCGUGGAAUUGGAGAAGCGUCUUAAGCACAAGUGCAUGGCUGUGCUGAGCUACUUCUCUCCAGAGAGUGAUGGUACUGGAGAGAUUCCUCGAGCAACCAUGAUGGGGACCCUGGCGGAAAGCCUGGCUGCAGAAAAACAGCGCCUCCAGGAGGCCCGUGCUCGACACCAAGAGCUCGUGGGGUUGCUGGAACAGCAGAGAGCUGCCUACCCCCAGGUCCUUUUACGCUGCUUAGCCCUACUGAAACGCUUUGCCCGGGAGCAUCGUCUUGGCACUCAGUCCGAACUUGACUGCCUCAACACCCAGUACCUGGAGAUCAAAUGUAGUGCCAUGUUCCUCAAGAUACGGCUUGAAGAACUGAGCAUUCUCUUGGAAACCUAUGUACCUGAAAAAGUGGAUGUGCACCGGGUGAUGAGGGACAAUCUGCAGGCAGCAAUAUGCCAGGAAGAGCAAGAUUUGGCUGCUUCUCGACAGAUCCUCUCCAGCUAUGAGACUCUGGGCCCUGAGUUCGAGGAACUGGUGAAGGAGUAUGCCCGGCUGCAAGCCAUCAUUGAGAACAGGCGCUGGGUACUGACGGAAUUCAACAAAGACUGAGGCUCAUGUGGAGCAUGGGAGGGGCCUUGU